UCCGGGGUCGGCCGUGAGCGCACGGCGGGCUGCGCUUGGGAGCCGCGCUGACAGCGGGCGACGGCAGCGCCCCGGGUCCGAGGCGCCGCGGCUCGCAGAGAGAGCGACGGGCGCUGCCCAUGGGCCGGGCCCUGGGUCCUAGCGCGCCGGGAGCCGGCAGGCAUGCCCCGGACACUGAGCACCUCCGACAUGGUCACCCCAGGCAGCCUUGGCCCACCCCCCACGGAGCCCACGGAAGGCGAGCAGGCCGGGCAGCCCCUCCUGGACGGAGCUCCCUCCUCAGCUUCCCUGGACACCCUCAUCCAGCACCUGGUGCCCACGACUGACUACUACCCCGAGAAAGCCUACAUCUUCACCUUCCUUCUGAGCUCCCGCCUCUUCAUCGAGCCCCGGGAGCUCCUGGCCCGGGUCUGCCACCUGUGCAUUGAGCAGCAGCAGCUGGACCAGCCGGUGCUGGACAAGGCCCGGGUCCGGAAGUUUGGCCCAAAACUCCUCCAGUUGUUGGCCGAAUGGACGGAGACAUUCCCGCGGGACUUCCAGGAGGAGUCGACCAUCGGGCACCUGAAGGACGUGAUGGGCCGCAUCGCCCCCUGUGACGAGGCGUACCGGAAGACGAUGCAUCAACUCCUGCAGGCUCUGCACCAGAAGCUGGCAGCUCAGGGCCAGGGCCCGGAAGGCCUGCUGGGGGCCGACAAGCCCAUCUCCUACAGGACCAAGCCACCAGCCUCCAUCCACAGGGAGCUCCUCGGCGUCUGCAGUGACCCCUACACUCUGGCCCAGCAGCUGACCCACGUGGAGCUGGAACGCCUACGACACAUCGGGCCUGAGGAGUUUGUCCAGGCUUUUGUGAACAAGGAUCCUUUGGCCAGCACAAAGCCUUGUUUCAGUGACAAGACCAACAAUCUGGAGGCUUAUGUGAAAUGGUUCAACAGAUUGUGCUACCUCGUGGCGACUGAGAUCUGCAUGCCGGCCAAGAAGAAGCAGAGGGCCCAGGUGGUGGAGUUCUUCAUUGACGUGGCCCGUGAAUGCUUCAACAUUGGCAACUUCAACUCUCUGAUGGCCAUUAUCUCCGGCAUGAACAUGAGCCCUGUCUCCAGGCUGAAGAAGACCUGGGCCAAAGUGAAGACAGCCAAGUUUUUCAUCCUUGAGCACCAGAUGGACCCGACAGGGAAUUUCUGCAACUACAGGACAGCCCUGCGGGGGGCAGCCCACCGCUCCCUGACUGCCCACAGCAGCCGGGAGAAGAUCGUCAUUCCCUUCUUCAGCCUGCUCAUCAAAGACAUCUACUUCCUGAACGAGGGCUGUGCCAACCGCCUCCCCAAUGGACAUGUCAACUUUGAGAAAUUUCUGGAGCUGGCCAAGCAGGUUGGAGAGUUCAUCACGUGGAAACAAGUGGAAUGUCCCUUUGAGCAAGACCCCAGCAUCACCCACUACCUGCACACCGCCCCCAUCUUCAGCGAGGAUGGUCUUUAUUUGGCUUCUUAUGAAAGUGAGAGCCCAGAGAACCAAACAGAAAAAGAGAGGUGGAAAUCUCUAAGAUCUUCUAUUUUGGGGAAGACGUGAGAAGCUCUGAGCAGGAGGAGGAGGAGGUGGAGGAGGAAGAGGGGAGGAAGUCAGCAGAAGCCUUCCGCAGCCCUGCCUCAGCCGGCCUAGCAGAAAGUGGAGGUGUUGGUGCUUCCCUGCUUUGCAAACCGUGACCCCCACGGCCUGGCGCCCGCCCCAGCAACCACACGGCACAGGAGACCUUCCUCCACCUUUUGUGGAACUUCGGCCCCGGCAGGCCCAGGGGCCUCCUGACAUGUGGGUGGCACGUGCCUCAGGGGCCCUGCCUUCAGGAUGGUGGGGGUCACAUUACUGUGACCUCGGCAAGGACACGGCACGACCCCCAGAGGGCCGGGUGACUGCAGUGUCACUCUCAUUGGGUGAUGAGUGCCACAGGGGCUGACCCCCAGUCUGUCACCAGGUGGCCUGGGAGCCUCUACAUCUCCAGCAGGCACCACGCCGCUGGCCCCUGCCAUUCUGCUGAUGGACCCUACCCUGUCCCCCUCCCCUGGCCCCAAGAUGGGCUGGUUUCUGCAGCCCAAUUCACUCCCUUUCUGGAUCCUGCUGGUAUCAGGGGAUAGCUUUCCGGUGACAGCUGUGACACAGGUCAUGGGACAGAUUUGAGUCACAAAAAUGACAACAUGUACAGUACAUUGUAAACUCUAGAAUUGGUAUAAACAUGUUCAUACACCCUGCA